AUGGCUACGAAACCUUCUCUUUCCACCACCACCACCGUGACUGAAACUCCGUCGGUUAAAAUAUAUCCGGAAAUGGAUCCAAAACACGUUUCCGAGACUCUAAAGUUUGCCAAGCUUAUGAGUUUUGGCGUUCCCGUUCCUGAAAAUUGCAACACCAAUGGCUUCUUCGACUCUUUCCUUCGAAAUUUCAUCAAAGUCGAUCAAAUCAAACCUGGUCGAAUCUCUUGUACUGUUAUCGCCAAACCACCUAUCUGUAAUAGCUAUGGAACACUGCAUGGAGGGACUGUUGGGUCAUUGGUUGAGGUUUUGGCAACUGCAUGUGCUAGAACUGUAGUUGCUGAGGACAAAGAACUUUUUCUUGGGGAAAUUAGCAUUUCUUACCUCUCUGCCACUCCAGCAAAUGAAGAAGUGGUGGCUAAUGCUUCUGUGGUGAAGAGUGGAAGAAAUUUGACAGUAGUUGCACUUGAAUUUAAACUGAAGAAAACUGGGAAUUUGCUUUAUCUUACUCAUGCUACUUUCUAUAACAUGCCACUUUCCAGCUUAUGA